AUCAGCCGAGUCGUUGCAUCGCAGGUGACAGUCGCUGAUUUACAAGGGAGCCUCGAAACCAGACUGGUCAGUGGUCACACUCCGAAGUGACAAGUUCCUUCUUAGCGAACAAAAAGAAGAAGUGAAUGAGGAUCCACGGAUAAUCUUGAGGGGUUACUCUGACUUCUCGUCUCCCUGUCAAUUAGGCCUAUAUACUUACACAUCUGCUGGUGGAUUAAAUGGCAUUUUACAAGCACGAAGGUCUGGAGGAGCCCACGGAACCAGAAUGCCCGGUGUGUUACGAGAGCCUGUCGGGCAGCGAGAGGACCCUGAGCUGUGGACAUGUCUUCUGCCACGACUGUCUGGUGCGGACGCUGGUCAGCAUCACCCGAGACGGAGUGAUCAGAGACACUAUCAUCUGCCCUGUGUGCCGACACCUCACGUUCAUAAAGAAACAAACAGACGCCGUGGUGUCAAUGCUCAACGAAGAGAAAGAAGAGACCAAGCAGGGGGAGCAGACGCUGAAGGUCCCUAUUCCCGCGCCCGCGGGCGCGGAGUACUUUGCGCAUUACCCGGGGGCUCUGUUGCAGUCUGCCGCGAGAACUGUCCCUCUGGGCUUCGACUGGAGGCGCUGUUUCCGGCGGAUGGGGGCUUUGCGGCGACAGAUACUGGUGUUCCCCAACCUGGACCAUAACGCGUCUCAGAUCUUCAUCAUCAGCGAGCAGGGUCGCCCCAUGGCCGAGGAGGACGCGCUGCGGGAGGUCUCCACAGUGGUGGUGGUGCAACAACCGCCUGUCCGGCCCAGGCGCAUUAAGAUCUGCACCACGGGACGUUGGUUGCUCUUCUUGCUAUCCAUCUUCACUUUACUUGCACUGGUGGCUGCCACUUUACCUUGGAUAUUAUUAGCUUAACUAUGUAGGCCUACUAACUAUCCAAUCUGAACUGUGUAAACUUGCUUGACCACUUAGCUGCCGCAGAUCCAACCAGCCGAGUCCUUGCAUCCUAGCUUGCUAGCCUCGAAACUAGACCGGUCACACUCAAAAUUGAGAAGUUCCUUCUCAGCGAACAGAAGGAAGUAGUGAAUAACGAUCGACGGAGAAUCUUAAGGGGUUACUCUGACUGCUCGUCUCCCUGUAUAGACUUACACAUCUGCUGGUGGAUUAGAUGGCAUUUUACAAGCACGAAAGUGGAGGAGCCAACGGAACCAGAAUUCCCGGUGUGUUACGAGUGCAUGUCCGGCAGCGAGAGGACCCUGAGCUGUGGACAUGUCUCUUACCACGACUGUCUGGUGCGCACGCUGGUCAGCAUCACCGGAGACGGAGUGAUCACAGUCAGAGUCAGAGACACCAUCAUCUGUCCUUUGUGCCGACACCUCACGUUUAUAAAGAAACAAGCAGACGCCGUGGAGGCGAUACUGCUCAACGCCAAGAAAGAAGAGACCAAGCAGGGGGAGCAGACGCUGAAGGUCCCCAUCCCCGCUCCCCCGGGCGCCUUUACGCAUUACCCGGGGGCUCUGUUGCAGUCCGCCGCGGACGUCCGGCCCAGGCGCACUUCUUGCCGUCCGUAUUCAAUAUAGCCUACUUGCACUGGAGGCUGCCCCUUUGCAUUGGAUUUUUUUUGGCUUAACCGUGUGUGAUUGGUUUUACUGUAGGCCUACAGCUGCAAUGUGUUUUAUGGAGACCUGACAAUAGUGCUAAGCAUUAAGAUACCCGAUGAGUUGGAAUGCAUAAUAAAUGACCAUUGUAAUCUCAAUAAUCAAA